GCCCUAGCCUCGCGGCUGCCGCCGCUUGUGGUUCCCCCCGGCCCGCGCGGCGAGGGCCGGCGCUGACCAGCUCUCGCUUUCCUCCCCCAGCGCUUGGCCGCGGCCCCGGCUCCGCCAGGAUGCUGGAGUCCUACGUGACCCCCAUCUUAAUGAGUUACGUGAAUCGCUACAUUAAGAACCUGAAGCCCUCGGACUUGCAGCUGUCGCUAUGGGGAGGAGACGUGGUCCUGAGCAAGCUGGAGCUGAAGCUGGACGUCCUGGAGCAGGAGUUGAAGCUACCAUUUACUUUUUUAAGUGGACACAUUCAUGAGUUAAGAAUUCAUGUACCCUGGACAAAACUAGGCUCGGAACCAGUUGUCAUCACUAUCAAUACAAUGGAGUGCAUCUUGAAAUUAAAGGAUGGAGCUCAGGAAGACCAUGAGAGCUGUGGUUCCAGUUCAAACCGUAGUACCACAGAGAGUGCAAAAUCAACGGUGAAACCACGCCGAAUCCAGCAAGCUUCUCCUUCUGAUCCUGAUUUACCACCAGGUUAUGUGCAGAGUUUAAUUAGGCGUGUUGUAAACAAUGUCAACAUUGUGAUCAACAAUCUCAUAUUAAAGUAUGUGGAGGAUGAUAUUGUUCUCUCAGUGAAUAUAACUUCUGCAGAAUGCUAUACAGUGGAUGAAUUUUGGGAUAGAGCAUUUAUGGAUAUCUCUGCAACUGAUCUAGUGCUGAGGAAGGUGAUUAAUUUUUCUGACUGCACAGUAUGUCUUGAUAAGAGAAAUGCUAGUGGAAAAAUUGAGUUUUACCAGGACCCUCUGCUUUACAAGUGUUCCUUCAAGACUCGCUUGCAUUUUACUUAUGAUAACCUUAAUUCAAAGAUGCCAUCUGUUAUUAAAAUUCACACCUUAGUUGAAAGUUUGAAGCUUUCCAUCACUGACCAGCAGCUUCCUAUGUUCAUACGCAUAAUGCAGCUUGGGAUUGCUCUUUACUAUGGAGAAAUAGGAAGUUUUAAAGAUGGAGAAAAUGAAGAUUUGGUUUGUCACACUAAAGAUAUAUUGGGAAACAUUUCAGGUGCAGAAGAUGAAACAGGCUCAGUGUUACAAUAUCCUACGCAGUAUAUUAACCAAGAACCCUACAUGCAUAAUCAAGAUGAUGAGCAGCAGCAGGGAUGGUUUUCUUGGGCCUGGUCACUUGUUCCUGCUAUUGUGAGCUAUGAUGGAGAGGAUGGGUCUAUUGGAAUGGAUGAUGGAACAACAUUGCAUCAGCAGAAAUUCCAGGCUCUCAAGGAUCCUAUUGUUUCUGUUGGAUUUUACUGUACAAAAGCAACUGUAACUUUCAAACUCACUGAAAUGCAAGCUGAAAGUAGUUAUUAUAGCCCUCAGAAAGUAAAAUCCAAAGAAGUUAUACGAUGGGAGCAAGAAGGAACCACAGUUGAGGUCCUUAUGAUGGGUGAACCUUUCUUUGAUUGCCAAAUAGGUUUUGUUGGUUGCCAAGCUCUGUGCCUUAAAGGAAUUAUGGGAAUUAAAGACUUUGAAGAAAAUAUUAAUAGAAGCGAUGCAGAGGCCUACUUUUUCACUUGUGGAGAAAAUCUGAGCACAAAAGGAAUGACAUACCUUACUAAUUCACUAUUUGAUUACAGAAGUCCAGAAAACAAUGGUAUACGCGCAGAAUUUAUUUUGGAUGCAGCUCAUCAUAAGGAGACAUACACAGAGAUAGCUGGAAUGCAGAGGUUUGGAGCUUUCUACAUGGAUUACUUGUAUACAAUGGAAAGCACCAGUGGCAAAGUUCCUGGAAAUCAGCAAGACCUUUCUUCAGUAAAAAGUGAAGAUUUUGGAAAUGUACAGGAAAUGUCUACGAAGACUCUCAUUGUGGGUCCACUUAAUCUUCGUUUGGAUAGCAGUGCAGUGCAUCGUAUUAUGAAAAUGGUAGUUUGUGCUCUGGAACAUGAAUAUGAGCCGUACAGCAAGGCUAAAUCAG